AUGCUGACAGACAUAUUAACUGCUAACCGACAAGGGGCUGCUUAUGUUACCUUUGCUAACGAGGAAUCUGUUGACAAAGCUGUGGCAUUGAGUGGGACAACAUUUUAUUCAAGAACUGUGAAGGUGCUGAGGAAGGCAGAAGCAGCUUCUGCGGCAAAAGCCCCAGCCCAGCUUUCUCCGAAGCCUUUCCACGUACAUGGUAACAGAAAGGCCAUCCCCAACAAACCACGGUAUCCGAGCUCUAGUCUUCAAUGGCGGAGAUAG